AUGUUCUCUUCGGCGCUGAAGUCCUUCACCUCGAACAUCUCCAGUAACUACACUCUAUCUGCGCAGCCCACUAGCACCUCUGGGCCAUGGAAAGUCUUCGACGCGAAGCGCAAACAGAGCGGCAAGGCCGCUUCAGUCUUUGUACUAGACAAAAAGAGUCUGGAGCCGCCUGGAGGAGGACUAGGAGGUCGUAGCAAUGCCAGCUCCACCAAGCGUCUCCAUGAGGAGGUUCUCGAAAGACUCAAGAAGGAAGCUAGUAGCCUGGCGCGCUUGCGACACCCCUCAAUAUUAGAACUGGUUGAGCCGGUCGAAGAAACCAGGAGUGGAGGGCUGAUGUUCGCAACAGAACCAGUGGUCUCAAGUCUCGCAAGUUUACUACAGGAGAAAGAUGAGCAAGAGAGAUCCGGUGGCGCUGGUAGCCGCAGGACUCGUCGUGUUGUCGAUGAGUCCGAAGGUGGACGGAAGACAAGGGAGUUCGAGAUCGAUGAACUAGAGAUACAGAAAGGUCUUCUGCAACUUGCGAAGGGACUGGAAUUUUUGCACGAGAGCGCUGGCCUGGUUCACGCCAAUCUCACACCCGAGGCCAUAAUUGUCAAUACGAAAGGUGAUUGGAAAAUUGCAGGACUUUCAUAUUGCGGACCGCAUCAAAGCAGCACCACUGCCACUUCCCUGCCUCCGAUAAAUCUGCACGAAGUGCUCAAUCAUGAUCCUCGCCUUCCUCGAAUGGUACAGCUGGAUCUCGAUUUCACGAGCCCCGACUUUGUUCUGGAUAACAGUCUUGUCCCUUCUUCGGACAUGUUCAGUCUGGGUCUUCUCAUAGUCGCGCUAUACAACAGCCCACAUACGUCUCCGUUGAGUGUCGGAGGAUCACUGUCUGCAUACAAGCGCGCUUUUUCCAGUUCUUCCAGCAUACCGACACAAAGCAAUAAUUUCAUGGUGCCGUCGUCGCACCCCCUCCCUCACAAAUUGGCCUCAGAACUGUUGCCGCGACUUAUCACCCGAAGGCCUGCACAGCGUCUGUCAGCGCGCGAGUUCCAAGAAGCCAGCUAUUUCGAUAAUAUCUUGGUGUCAACAAUCCGUUUUCUCGAGGCGCUGCCGGCCAAGACCGCGAGUGAGAAGGUUCAAUUUCUUCGAGGUCUUCCUAAGAUUAUGUCGCAGUUUCCGAGAAAUGUGCUUGAGAAAAAGGUCCUGCCAGCCCUGCUCGAAGAAAUGAAGGAUAAGGAUUUAAUUGCGCCAAUAAUGACCAACAUGUUUGCGAUGAUCAAAGCAAUGCCAUCAGGCAAGCGAUCAUUCACUGAGAAGGUCGUGCCAAAACUACGGGAAAUAUUCAUAACUAAUCGAUCCGCUGAGCGAGAUACGGCUACUGAAGCAGGGCUCAUGAUCUUACUGGAAAACAUGCAAACCGUGGCAGAGAAUUGCUCGGGCAAAGAAUUUCGAGAUGAUAUCCUGCCUAUUUUGCACCUAUCGCUUGAGUCGCCCACUCAUGGCCUUGUCGAUGCUGCGCUUGGAACCCUACCGCACGUACUACCCGUGCUUGAUUUCACAACCAUCAAGAAUGAGUUGUUUCCUGUGAUCGCGACUGUCUUUGCGAAAACGAGUAGCCUUAACAUCAAGAUUCGAGGUUUGCAAGCCUUCUAUACGUUGAUUGGAGGUACAAACUCAAGCGAUGAACCGGAUGACGAUGAUCUGAAUGGCAUAUCGAUGUCGAACCGGAAACCCGCUUCCACGUCAAGCAGCGCCAUCCUGGACAAGUACACGGUGCAGGAGAAAGUCGUCCCACUUCUCAAAGGUAUCAAGACGAAAGAGCCCGGCGUUAUGAUGGCCGCACUGAAAGUAUUCGGACAAGUUGCGCGGGUCGCCGACUCCGAAUUCCUCGCGAUCGAUGUUCUGCCCAUCGUCUGGUCCAUGAGUUUGGGGCCGUUGCUCAACCUUCAGCAAUUCCAAGCUUUUAUGACAUUGGUCAAGAAUAUUGGCGAGAAAGUGGAAAAGGAGCAGACGCGAAAACUCCAAGAGACGUCAGGCAACAGUGCCGCUGGUCGAUCGACUGCGCGGCCGAAUGCUCCGGGACGAUCACAGAGCACAGGACUUGAUGGGUUGACCAUCGGCGGAGACACUGAUUUUGAGACAUUAGUGUCAGGAAGAAAACCUAGUGGCGGAGGUGAUCUUAUGAAUGAAUGGGGCGUUUCUGCUGCUAGACCGAUCGCUACACAAAGCACAUCAUUCACGCAAGCUAGCAAUGCGACUCCGACGUUCUCGUGGCAGACACCGGCACCAAAGCCGUCGACUCCUCAACCACCCACAGUGUCCACGAUCAGAGCACAGGCACCUAUAAAUCGCACCGUGACACCCGAUCUCGCGUCUUUCACGAGCCUCACUCCGAGCAGCGUCUUUUCUCAGCCAUUGCAGCCUAGUCGACCAGCUGCCUCCACCACGAUGACACCGGCCGCAAGCGCGCCAUCGAAUGGAACCAACAUCGAUUGGUCUUCGGCUGCGAAUAGUUCUGCCGCUUGGGCGAGUCCAAAGCCUGCUCCGACAACCACAUUCAACAGCAACUACCCCGCGGCACCUCUCCAGCAGUCGACUUCAUUUGGCCUGCCGCCUCCACCUACAGGAUCGCAGACAUACAUGCAGCCACAGCAGAAUGGGCUGUCGAGUUUUCCGCAGCCGAUGGCGAGCCGCCCGCAGCCGGCCCAACAGUUUCAGCAGAACGGUAGCUCCGGACACACGCAGAAGACCGGCCUUGAUAAGUAUGAAAGCCUGAUAUGA